UGAACUGUCAUAUCAUUUUUUCGUGAAAAAAUGGGGAAAUUGGGAAUUGAAAAAUUCCUUUUUCAUGUCGGAACCGAGGAUCCUUUUGGAUCUUUUUCAUGUCGGAACGGAACCCAAUUUUUCACGAAAAAAUAAUACGAAAUUUCGCCACCAAACUUGAAAUUUUGAGAUUCACCAAAUGCAUAGACUUGUCAUUUAUUUCCAUUGAAAUCCGCGGGACUUCUUUCUAGGCAUUGUCUGUACCAAGCAUCCCAUUCUUGUCGCCCGAUCUUCAAUGGACUGGAUGCCGAGUAGAGUAAAUUCACUUUAUUCUGAUGUAGGGGCGUGGAGCGGAAAAUUUAGGCCAGUGAUGGAUGAAUUAGAAUCAGACGAAGCUCUAAGGUUUUAUCAGUUUCUAAAUUAUCUGGAUGGUGGAAGUUUUGGGACUGGUCCCAUCGAUGAGUUUGUAGAUGCGAUGUACCGACUAGCUAAUUACAUGAAACAACAAAAUAGCAGGGAAACACAAGCAAGAGGCAUGCGUGAACUAGAGGCUAUAAAUGGAGAAAAGGGAAACAGUAUCAAAACUGUUUUGGAAAUCAGUACAGUAAUUAUGCGAAAAAAACGAAAAUUCUUUUGUACUGGUGAAGUCAAGGAGCCUAUUGUCAAUAAUAAAAUAAUAUGCAAGGACAGAAUACUUUUACCCAUUGCUGGAACUUCUUGUAGAGAUGCAAUUAUGUACUGGCAUCCAGAUUUAACUGAAGAGCAUUAUUGUGUGGGAGCAUUGGAAUCUAGAAGUCCGGUUCAUAUUAUGGAUAUGGAAGGUGAAAUGUUCUGUAAAGGGGAUGAUUAUUCUAAACGAGAAUUUCUUCUUGCUUGUGAUUUCUAUGAAGAUCAAGAAGCACCAGUCGCAGAUUUACUACAAUAUUAUCCAGAUCCUGACCCUGAAAUCAGCCCCAAACUGUUUUAAUAAAUACAACAUUACUAUGUUAAAUUGAA